ACGACCGGCCGGUUUUAAAACGCGUCGGAGUCUCCGGAAGAUCGCACCUCCACACACAUUCGGUUCGCUCCGCACUUGUAUCUUCUCUCUGUUUAUUCCACAUCACUAUAUUAUAGUGCUCCGAGCUCUUGGUAUUUACUUGAAUUUUCACUUGGCUCCUUAACUUCGCCUCGUUCGCCAAGCCAUUCAAAGUGUGCGUGUGACAAAAAGUGUCGCGGGCCAAGUUCAGUUGGAACUUAUACAGGAGGAGAAUCGAGGGAGUCAAAGAAAUAACGAUUAGAGCAAGUUUGGUGGCCUUUCCAUCAAGCUUAUAAAAGAGUAGCCAAGACGAGCGGGAGCAAGCCUUACUCGGAUCUCAACUUCGCGGACCUCAAUUUCCGUUAGCCCCCGCGAUGGCCGGCUUCAAGGAAUGGGACUACUCCAGUCAAGGACCAAGCACGUGGGGCGACAGAUUCCCAAUGGCAGCGGGCUCGCGCCAGAGUCCCGUGAACAUCGAGACCGAAAACGCCCAAUCCGACCAUGAGGCACUGCUGAGCAAACCACUGCGAUGGAAGUACCCGGCCAAUGCCUCGCGCAAGCUCGUCAAUCCGGGCUACUGCUGGCGCAUCGACACCGACGGCGAGGGCACCUUCCUGACCGGGGGGCCUCUCAUGGACGACAUCUACAAGCUCGAGCAGUACCACUGCCAUUGGGGAUGCAGCGAUUCUCGGGGUUCCGAGCACACCGUCGAUGGACAAGCUUUCGCUGGCGAGUUGCAUCUCGUGCAUUGGAACACCAGCAAGUACAAGACGUUCGCCGAGGCAGCCAAGGCGCCCGAUGGACUGGCCGUGCUCGGGGUCUUCCUCAAGGUGGGCAAGCCGCACGAGGAAAUGGAUAAGAUCGCUCGGCUGUUGCCGUACGUCUCGUACAAGGACGACUGCAUCGACAUCACCGAGCCCAUUGAUCCCAGCAAGCUACUUCCCGAGGACAAAGGUUAUUGGACGUACCUUGGCUCGCUGACAACGCCGCCCUGCAACGAGAGCGUCACUUGGAUCCUCUUCAAGCAAGACAUCGAGGUUUCUCACCACCAGCUCAACAUUUUCCGCAACCUGCGCAAAUUUUCCCGCGGCGAGGACUGCCCUUGCCACGAGAACCAUGGCGUGGUGAUCAACAACUUCCGCCCGCCGUUGCCGCUUGGUAAUCGCGUGCUGCGGGAAUGCGGUAGCUUCUAAAUGUCAUCGAGACCUUAUAAAUACAUCGCAAUAGGGCGAAAAUCGCUUUUACUGCUGUAUUACUGGAGGCGACUCAACAUUGUCCAAGAGUCCCUGAUUUUCCACUUUUUGCCGGCUAUCACGGGGGUAGGGGGGAGGGGGCUGCAGGGGGAUAAGGAGGGAGGGAGAGGAAGCAACGAAUUCAGCCACAUCGACAUUUACACCUUUACCUAACUCUAUAAUUACGCAUAUAAUUCAUGUAUUCGUGGCGCAUCAGUGUGUCAUCAGCAAUUCAAAUGGUAAUACACCCUGGGAGAUACAACACAAUAGAACUCCACAGAUAAACAUGAGAGUUUGCUGCAGUUACGUAAAAGCCAUACCUAUAAUACAUACAAUUACACAAAAAUGUGCCUUUGGGUCUUUUUGAUCGUAUUACAUACCGAUGUUACGGAUAUGCAUUCGUACGUACAGUAUAUAUACAUUUAUUGAAUUCAAAUAUGGAAAAGAAAAUGAAAUAUCAAAAUAAUGACCGAUCAUGACUAAAAAGUGCAAUGUACAUGAAUAUAAUAUGUACGUCAAUGUCAAUAGAAGUAUAGAUGUGUAUUUGCAUGUGUGUAGAUAUUAUAUAGUAAUCGUGAUCUUGGGCUUUUGUAACUUUGUAACUCGGGAAUUUGCUAUGACAUUUUAUUAUCAAAUAAUCAACUGCCUUACAAAACAAAAUCCGUUAUUCACGUAAAAAAAAAAAAAAAAAAAACAAUG